AUGAAGUGCGAAUGGGAAAACUGCGAAGAAGAUGUUGAUGACUUGAAGGAGCAUAUUGAAAAACACCUUAGCGAGCAAGACGAGCUUAAAUGCAGAUGGAGAUUUUGUACGAAAAGGAAUGAGACGCUGAGCAAAGGAUCUUUAAUUGCUCAUUUAAGAACACACACAGGGGAAAGGCCAUUUAAAUGUGCAAAAUGCGCUAAAGAUUUUACUAGAGCAGAUGCACUGAACAAGCAUGUAAAAAGACACGAGGCAAAUGAUAAGAUAAUACAAAAUGCGGUAGAUAGAAUAUUUUACUUAACAGAGCAGAGAGAUUUGGAAAGCAUAAAGACCAUUGAGCUUCUCCACGAAAGACAGUUUAUAAUCAACUGCGAAAGGUUGCUGCACGAGUGUUUGCUAGACGAAAACCUGGCUGAGGAGUGGGAAAGCUAUCUAGAGCAAGCCUAG